CAAAGUUUCAGUCUCUCAGCUUUGCAAAACAGCAACGAGAAGGCUAUGCUUUAUUUCCGUGCAUGCUGAAUGAAUCUGUAUAUCAGUGUCAUCAUCGUGUUGUGUACGGAAAUUAAAGUCCAGCAGUGCUCCACACUCGUGAAAGAUAAACACCGAUAGUCAUGCCGGGAUCGGAAGAAUGUGCAGAUUCAAACGCAUGUAAUGUCUUAGCGACUAUACAUGCAGAGAAAACUAACGGAAAAUCACAUUCCCCUAAGGGGCCUCGCUACAAGCGGCUGAUAGAUCGCAUUAACAAACGAAUCAACAACGGUUCAAAGUUUUUCUCUUUGGAAUACUUUCCAGCUAGAACAGUAAAUGGAGCCGUUAAUUUACUUGCAAGGUUUGAGAGCAUGGGAGCAGGUAAGCCGCUGUUCUGUGACAUCACAUGGCACCCAGCAGGUGACCCAGGCAACGUCUCAAAGCCCACCAGCUCCCUGUGCAUGGCGUCGACCAUGCUCAACUACUGUGGACUGGAGACUAUGCUCCACAUCACGUGUGCCGACCAGUCUGUGGAGCAGCUGAAGGCCAAUCUGCAGAAGGCCAAGGAUUUGGGCAUCAGGAAUCUUUUGGCCCUUAGAGGAGACCCCCCAGAUGGGAAGGGCAACUGGACAUUCCAGACGGGCGGCCUCAACUAUUCCUCGGACCUUGUGAGGCUUAUACGGCAGGAGUUUGAGGACUUCUUCAUCAUCUGUGUUGCUGGUUAUCCCACUGGCCAUCCUGAAAGCGAGUCCUAUGAAGAGGACUUGAAAAAUUUGAAAAAGAAAGUUGUCGCGGGCGCAGAUUUCAUCAUCACACAGUUGUUUUUCAAGGCAUCAACGUUUAUCAAGUUCUUCAACGACUGUAGAGCUAUCGGCAUUAAUUGUCCCAUCAUACCAGGAUUGCUUCCUAUACAGGCGUAUCAGUCACUGAGACACAUAGUGAAGCUGUCUAGACUAGAGGUCCCCCAGGACAUCAUAGAUGACAUCAACCCAAUCAAAGACAACGACGAGGCCAUACGCAACUACGGCGUGGAUCAGACCGUUACCAUGGCCAGAGAACUCUUCGAUAGUGGCCUUGUUCACGGGCUCCACUUCUAUACUCUCAAUCGUGAGGUGGCUACCAUCGAAAUUCUCAAAAGGCUUGGCAUGUGGUACGUGGAUCCAUGGAAACCACUACCUUGGAAACCUUCUGCCAACCACCACAGGAUGACUGAAGAGGUGCGUCCCAUCUUUUGGCAGUGUCGACCGAAAAGUUACGUACAUCGUACAUCAAACUGGGAUGAGUUUCCGAACGGACGCUGGGGAAAUUCCUCUGCAGCCGCUUUCGGAGAUCUGCAGGACUAUUAUUUGUUUUACCUGAAGACGAAGGGUUCCCAAGAGGAGCUGCUGAAAAUGUGGGGCAAGGAGUUGAACUCUGAACGUGACGUGUUUGAAGUGUUCAGAAAUUAUCUGACAGGAGAGGUGAACAAAGAUGGUGUUAAGGUAACGCAGGUGCCAUGGAAUGAUGAUGACCUCUCCCCUGAGACAUCUCUAAUCUCGGAGAAGCUUGCGGCAAUCAACGAGCGCGGUGUACUCACAAUCAACUCUCAGCCAAACGUGAAUGGCGCGCCAUCGUCUGACCCAAAUGUUGGCUGGGGAGGACGGAAUGGUUACAUCUAUCAGAAGGCCUAUCUGGAAUUCUUUACAAGCAAGAAGAACGUGCUGGCACUGAAGAAGAUCCUAACAGAGUACCCCCUGGUCAACUACCACAUCAUCAAUCACAAUGGUGAAGCAGACUACACCAACUGCGACCAGAAUGAGCCGAUAGCCGUGACUUGGGGGGUCUUCCCUGGCAAGGAGAUCAUACAGCCGACAGUGGUGGAUCCUAUAGCAUUCACAGUGUGGAAGGAUGAGGCAUUUGCAUUGUGGUUACAAAGCUGGGGCAACCUCUAUCCAGAGGGCAGCAAGUCAAGGGAGGUAAUUCAGCACAUCCAUAACAACUACUAUCUAGUGAACCUGGUGGAUCAUGAGUACCCUAAGGAGUCCUGCCUCUGGGAUAUUGUACGCAGAAUGCUUGACAUGGGGGAGAAAGAACAUGAGACUGAUGACCUUGACAAAUGUGACCCUGUGGUUGCUAUGGAAACAGAAAAUGCGAGCCUUGCAGAAUUAACAGCGUGAAAUGAUGUGAACAAAUAUAAUUUGUGAUGCAUUUAGGAUCUAUUAGUAUGAUCUUUCGCAAAACUUUUAUAUAAGUUUUUGAUAUUUUAUUAUGUGUUAGAGUGGUGCCCAUGACAAGGUUUACCAUGUUGUUGGUAUGGAAACAGAAAAUGGAAAUUUUGCUAGGUAAAGAGCGUGAAUCAGAUCUUUUGAACAAUUUUUAAAUGAUGUGAACAAAUUUAUUUGUGAUUAAUAAAUGUCGCAUUAGUACCGGUAGGUGAAUCAGAUAUUGUGAACAAUUUUGAAAUGUGAACAAAUAAAAUUUGUGAUGUAGUUAUGUCGCCAUAGUAGGUGGAUCAGAUAUUGUGAACAAAGUUAAAAGGAUGUGAACAAGGUGAAUUUGUGAUUAAUUACUGUGGUAUUAGUUGUACAUGCAGCAAAUGUUGUUUAAAAUAAAUGUUUUGUAUUAUAUUAUGUGUGAAUGUUUGACCAAAAGUUCUUUUUCAGGAGCAAAGAUUGUAUUUUACUUUGACAUAUAAUAAUAUUAACAAUUAUGUUCAUUGUUUUCUCCCUCCAUUAUUAUGUAGUUAAUUGUUAUGAAAAUGUUUUUUUGUGCAGUUAAUUUCAUGAUAAUGUUGCUCUGGGGUUUAUGAAUUGUAUGUCUGUAAUCUGUAAUCUAAUGGAGUGUCAAACACAAUCAUGAGUGAAUUAACAAUUUUAAGACAUUUGUUGUACCCAUUAAGUAACGUUAAAUAUUUCGCAUUUAUAUCUGAAUUUGUGCCAUGUGGUUAUCGAAAAAUAGCACCCUUUUUAAUCAAGGAUCUUCUGUCAAGUCAUAAUACAAAGGAAUUUCGCUCACAAUUAAUAAACAUUUAUAAUCAUUGUUAUCCAAAAAUAAAGGACACGGGAAAGAUCAAAAUGUAAUACAUGUGAACUCUUGAAAAACUCGUCAACUUAAAGGCUUAGGGUUGAAGACUUUGUAUGUAACACACUUAAGUGGUCUUUCACGAAGCUUGUUUUUAUAGUGCCUCUUGAGUCAAUACCAAUAUUGCACAAGGGUUCGUAUUAUAUGAAUAGACUUGACAUAAUUAAGUUACUCACAGGCUUUUCUGGUUUUAUGCUGGUUGCAAAAGCCAUUUCCACUUUGCUUGUUAUGGAGGAAAGGGUUAAAACAUAUGUAUAAAGUGUCAUCCCAGAUUAAUCAGGGAAGACACUUUCCGCCUAAAUGGGAUAUUUGCUAAGAAGAGACAUCCCUUAAACGAAAAAAUAAAGCAGACAGCGUUUUCCCCAAUUAGCCUGCACUGGCAAAUCUGUGAUGACACUUUAAGCACAUGCCUUAAAUGCCAUUUAACAGAGGGAAAUUUCAUUUCUAUGAAAUGGAAAACCUACAUGGAAAAAUAAAAUUGCAAUAUUUCAUCUUGUCCUUAUAUAUUAAAGAAAUUUUUGCUUCAGGAGAUGAAGCAUCGCAUAGUUGAGCCGUGGUUGCUUCUUAGGAGGCGACACAAUCGGUACAUCUUGCACAGGGGUUCUGUGCUUGAAUCUGAUCAUAGUGUGUACAGAGUUAUAUACAUAUUUUAUUGAUUUAUUUAGGGCAUGUUUUGAAAUGUCAUUACACAUAAUGACCAGUUUCAAUGUUUAAAGUGUAUUUUCUGUAUUUGUUUAUGAAAUAUAUAUUUCAUGACAGAAAUAAAGAAUUUAUAUACAAA